AUGGACGCUGGAAUCAUAUCUCUCGAUGGCAACCGGGUUAGGUUCAAGGUGCGCGACUGGAAGACCAUGCUUGCUCUCCGGGUUUUAAGCACUCGGAUCAGAGAAGUCAUUGCCCAGGCACUCAAGACGCCGAAGAAAGAACUCUCCGCGGAUCAUAGGCAGUGGCUUGGUCUAUUUUUACAAGUCCUAGAGGCAAAAAAGAAACCAGACAGCUCGGAAUACAUAACGAUGUGA